AAGAAGGAGAAGAUCAGUCAAACCACACAAAGCAGUUCUGAUUACCAGCAGAACUACAAAGGUCUGCACCUGCAGAUCAUGGAGGCAAUGAGGCACCUCCAGGAUAAGCUGAUAGAGCUAAAAAAAGAUAAAGCAAGAGGGAGUGGACACGAAGAUGGACAAGUUGGAAUAUGAACAGUGGAAAAACUGCUGUGAUAGCCUGCAGAACGAUUUAGAGGAAAUUAAGACUGAAAAUGUGGAGGUAAGUAUCCAAGAUUGUGCAGCACUUUCAACAGAAGCUUCAGUCAAAGGAGAAGUCUCGCAGACAUGGAAGGACGAGUCACAGGACGAGAAAGGACAGACUGAUAAAAUCCAGUCACUCCCUGAGUUAAGAGAACUCAGACAAAACCUGACACGGCUCCUGCGUUCCCAUGUCCCUACACUUGAGCUUGAGCAGGUCAUCAAUAAGGUUUUUGCUCAGGUUUUGGAUGCCAUCACCCCUAAAGUGGCAUCAUUGUUGACCAAGGAAACAAAAUUACCAGAUGCAGAUUUAUUCUUAGAAUAUAAGGAAUAUAAAGAAGAAGACAAUCAGUCAAUACCACCAGAGUACCUUCACACCAGACAUACCUCAGCAAUCACAGAUAUAUUUGUUCCUGAAUUAAUUAACCACACUGCCAACAGUGGUGAAUACAGGUUUCUAUGUUCUCAUGCUGGCCAGUUUCACUGUAAAUUGACCAAAAUUGUCUUUGAGAUGAAAGGGAAAGGGGAAGUGUUGUACACAGUAGAGUCCUGGGAUAACAGUCAGCUGCAGGGCAUGGGCCAAUUCCAGCCUGCCGGACCCCUGUACAACAUUAAAUGCUCUGAAGAUUCAGUUCAUUAUAUGCAUUUCCCACACUGCGAGAUAUAUGAUGGUACAAAUCUGAUUGAUCUGGCAGUGGCACAUUUCAGUGAGGGGAAUGUGGAGAUUAUUCAGCCCCUGAAAAUAACCAACACACAUGUGAUCUUUGAAGUCCAUGGUCUCUCCAUCUUUGGCCUGUUAAAAAAGAUCUUCUGGGAUACACCUAUCAGUGCCCAAGUUCUACUUUUCUACAAAGAAAUGAUUGGAAUACAAAGGAGGAAAAAAUUGCACAUUCACCUGCUGCCGGGAAAUGUGGCAGUCGAAGAGGUGCAGAAACGGCAUCAGAGCAGCACUUACAUUCCAUGCAGCUCCACAUGUCAGCUAAUACCUGGUAAAAAAUACAGACCACUCUGUGAGCCUUAUGCAUCCCAGCCGAAGGCUGAGACAUUUGGCUAUGACUACGGUCCCAACUAUCAUCCAACUUUCGAGGUGAUCUUUAAUACAGAGGUUGAAGACCUUGCAUUAGGUCUUUUGGAUGAAAUUGGCCUAGAAGUGUGGGAGCCUCGUCAGGUCUUACUUACAGAUGAGAUGAGAGAAGGAGCCCAAGAUCAAAUAGAUAAUGAUGUAAAAUUUGUAGAUCUUCACAGAGACAUGCUCAUACAGAGAGUUUCAUCGGUAAAUGAAAUAGCAGACAAUCUGCUAACCAAGAGAAUGAUCAGCAAUGAAACAUACAGUGAUAUCGGAAAUGCAACAACCUCGCAGGAGAAAAUGAGGAUAUUGUACAGAUCUCUCAACUCAGGAGGAAGAGCUGUGAAAGCUGAAUUCUAUAAAGUCCUUAUGGAGAAGGAACCUUACUUGGUGGAUGACCUACUGCCUACAUCAACUGAUGCAUAGAUGAUUUUUAUACACUAUGAGAUUUAUAUAUAAAUAUCUAAACUUUUAAGUACAUGUCAAAAAGUUUGGACACACCUUCACUUCAAACACCUACUUCAGUGGUUUUCCUUAUUAUUUUCAACAUUGUACAUUAAUACUAAAGACAUCAAAACUAUGAACAAACACAUGGAAUUAUUUAGAAAACAAAAAGUAAAAAACAAAAACAAAAUAUGUUUUGUAUUUAGACUGUACAAAGUAGCUACAUUUAGUUUUGAUUUAGUUUGACAGUUUGACACCCUCAUGACAUUUUCUAAUCAGAUUCAUGAGGGAGUCACCUGGAAUGUUUUUUCAGUUUACAGUUGUGCCUUUUCAAGAGUUAAUUUGUGACAUUUCCUACCUUCAAAUGCUCAUUUAUGUAAAUGAUUCUCAGAGUUUGAAAGUUCAAUCCAAUUCAAUCCAUUAGAUUUGUAUAAAGUUGUAUAAAAUAAUGUAUAUGUUUACUGCAUAUAGGUUUGUUUCUUAUUAUUGUAAGUUUAUCCCUAAUGAGCAAGCCAGUAGCAACUGUGGCAAGGAUAAAUGGCAUGAGGAAGAAAGGAACCAGGUUAUUUAACAUGUUUUUCUUAACUAUAAAAUUCUGUACAUGAUCUUUCAUAGUUUGGAUGUCUUCAGUAUUAAUGUUCAAUGUUGAAAUUGAUAAAAAAUAAAGAACAAACACUGAAAGAGAAGAUGUGGCAAAAGGUGUAUUUACUGAUGUUUUUCACAAUAAAAAAGACCAGUGUAACCACUGAAAGUUUCCUGGUUGGAACAGUUUCCUUGCAUUAGCCUGGAGGUGUGUACAAAGAUCCUUGUACACACCUCCAUUCCUGCAUUUUCUGUUUCCUAGCAUGUUUUUUUCUUGUCUAUAAGGGUAAAUGUGAAGGUUUUAAUACUGUAUGUAUAAUUUAAUAUACGCUCAUAUAGAAUAUGAAUAUGGAAUAUUGAAUAUAGAAAAUGACAAUAGAUUUCAGAAUUUAUUUUCAUUUUUUUUUUCAAACGCAGUUCUCAUUUAUGACAUUUGCCAUUAGUGUGUCAUUUAACUCAAAUUAAUGUUUUAAUGUUUUAAUUUUGCAAUUUGCAUUUUACAAUUUGCUUUAUUGUAAAAAAUUUAUUAUUUUACAAUACAAGUCAAUUUGCUUAGUCUUUAUUUAGAGCUAAUAAUUAAAUAUGGUUUUGAAGUGUACUUAAGAUGUGUAUAUUCUACUUUGCAGGUUCUUUUUUAUGUUUUACUAAUUUGUCUGUAUUUAGCUUAACUAGUGCAACAUAUGAAUUACUGUAUUAGUGAAAACUAAAAUAAAUAAGCUUUGAGGGUUUUUUACAUACAUUUUGAAAUGUUCAAAAUUAAAAUUUUGUUAUUUUCCAAAUACUAGUUUCAAAUUUAUUAUUGAAUUACAACAAAAAAAGAGCUUUUUUGUUACAUUUUUGGUGUUUGAGACAUGAUUAUACUGCUUUCUCAAUAAAAAAAAAAAAGACCAGUGUAACCAUGUAAGUGUAAGUUUCAUUGUUUGGAACAGUUUCCUUGCUUUGGCCUGGAGGGGUGAACACAGAUCAUCACUGCAUGUUCUGUUUCUCUCAACCUCAGCAUGUUUUGUCUUGUCUAUCAGGAUGAAUGUGAAGAUGGCACUAUGCAUAAUUUAAUAUGUGCAUAAUUUAAUAUAUUUAAUAUAUAUUAACAUUUGCAUCAUUUGCCAUUUGUUAGUUUGUAUAAAAUUAUGCCUGUCAUAAUACACCGAUCAGAUAUAACAUUUUGACCAUCUGCCUAAUAUUGUGUUGGUCCCCCUUUUGCUCCCACAGCAGUCUUAACCUGUCGAGCAUUAACAGCAUUAACUUAUACAGCAAUUUGAGCUACAGGAGCUCAUCUGUUGGAUCAGUCCAAACAGGGCCAGCCCUCACUCCCUACGUUCAUCAAUGAGCCUUGGCCGCCCAUGACCCUGCCUCCGGUUCACCACUGUUCCUUCCUUGGACAACUUAUAAAUUGACUUGUGAACAAAUGUUCCACCCAAUAACAGUGUAAUGAUAAAGAGAUAAUCGGUGUUAUUCACUCACCGGUUAUAAUGUUAUGCCUGGUCGGUGUAUAAACAGCCACUGAUCAUUUAUGUGUCA